GGGGCAGGGUUUAUUUUAAUUUGAGAUUUCGCACCAUCUUCGAAUGCCGCCAUGCGAUGCCGCGACAACUGUGCGGCAUCCAGAGCUCUUCUUGACGCCGACAUCUCCGCGUCCAUCUGCUGCUACCAGGAAGGAGUUUACGAAGACCUACUUCCGUUUUCGCUGCUCCUUCAACAGACUUUUGCCCACAGCGUCGUACCUUUCCACGAACAGUUCCAGCCGUGGUUUGCAUCGCGUGGCGACAAUGGACUCGUCCGGCUCCUUCGAUGUCGACCUCAAUCGUUGACAUACCUCAUGAGAUACGCUGCAUGGUCUGGCAAUAUGGAUCUCCUGCGCUGCCUGGACUCGAAGGGCAGCCUAUGGUCCUUGGAAAAUCUAUUGGAUAUUGCGUCAUCCCGCGGCCACCUGGAGGCUCUCACGUGGUUGCAUCACCGCGGGUACUCAGGGUGUACAACACGAGCGAUGAAUGCCGCUGCCGAACAAGGGCAUUUGACAAUCGUCCAGUUCCUGCACUGUCAUCGCACGGAAGGAUGCACACGCAGUGCCAUGAACGGUGCCAUGAUGAAUGGGCACCUUGACAUCGUUCGGUUUCUGCACGAGCAUCGCACCGAAGGCUGCACUCCGUAUGGCAUGGACAUGUGUGCACGCAAUGGACAUCUACACGUCGUGGAGUUCCUGCAUCAGCAUCGAACGGAGGGGUGUACAGCGGACGCAAUGACUUGGGCAGCAGCGUCUGGUCACCUGGACGUCGUACGCUUCUUGAACGAGCAGCGAGUCGAAGGGGACGCCACGUGGGCGAUCGAGGUCGCGACGGCCGCUGAGCACUGGGACAUCGUCGACUAUUUGGUAGCACAUGCGACGUCCGAAGGCCCGAGUGAUCCGAACGUUGUCUUUUCAGGCCGGGAUUUCACGUUUUGAAUUUUCACUACGUUCGGUGCUUAUUUCUGGAAAAGUAGGAAAUUAUUUUGCCUUUAUCAAAAGAAAUAUUUCACACA